AUGACAGACAAGUAUACUGGACUUCCAGGUAUAGAUAUUGAAUCUGCGGAAGUCUUCGAAACGUCUGACAUAGAUAGUGAGGUCGAAGUUGAUACUCAUACGGAUAUAGAUGCGUCAGAAAAAAAUUCUGAUAUUGAAGAGCCAGAGUUAAAUUCAGAUGAAGCCAGAAGUAGAUUCGCUAAUGAUGUUCUUGUUGGUGAUAUAAACAUGGUGGACUUUCUGGGUAGUAUUAAUAACCCCAGUCUUACAAAAACAGGAUACCAGGUGAAUCAAGUAGAUGAAACAGUGGACCAAAAACUUUCAAGAAUCGCGAGAGAACUAGAGGAAAUCAAAAUAUUGCAACUGAAUGACACGUCAAAUAAAAAUAACUCUGAAUGUGACAAGCUAGUGAGGACCUUGGAAACCUUCGCUAAAGAGCCGCUGCUGUUGCAUGCUAGCGAACUAAAUCAAUAUAAUAAUAGAAUUAAACAAGUAUUUGAUCUGGUAACCUCUAGGCUCGAAGCGCACGGUUCAGAUGAUGCUAAGACACCCCAGGAAUCUCAAUUGGUCGACACAUCGCAAGUGUUAGCAUUGGAGUCUAGAAUAAAUGCCAUUGAGGCUGCAUUAGGUCCAGAGACUGCUAUUGGUACCCAAUCGAAGACAGACGCCAGACCCACAAUCCAGAACUGGCUCAAGGAAUUGAACCGCAAAUUAAACGUGAUCCACAACCCCGAGUAUCAGUUGGACACAGUAAAACAAGAGGUAGCUCAGUUAACCAAACAACUAGAGACCUUAGCAUCACAAAAGAAAUUCCUAGACUUAUCGCACCCGGUUCCUGCCAACCCUCCACCCGAUCCAGACUCCGAUAAUAGCCAGAUUCAUUCAAAAAUUGAAGAUCUACAUGAAAAAUUACCUCAUUUCAAUCAUGUCAAUGCUACAGUACCAUUGGUUAUUUCAAGGCUAAAAACUCUACACACAGUCCAUGCUGAUCUAGCCAAUACGGUUCAAACAGUCCAGGAAUUGGAUCUGAUUCUAAACGAUAUCAAGAUUGACAUGAAAAAAUGGAACGAUUCUAUUGAUGUAGUGAAUGCGAACAUAGGUGAUCAUGAACAACAGUUCGAAAAUAACAAGCUAUAUAUUGAUAAUCUUCUUAAAGAUCUCAAUGAUAAAGUAGCCAGUAUCACCAGUGAGGUAGAUUGA